CGUACGCGUCACUUCCCCCAGCGAGGAUAAACCUCCCGGCGUGCCGCGCGCGGGGUCUCUUUUCGCUCCGCGCGGCCAAGAUGGCGGACACGCAGACGGAGCGGGCCUACCAGAAGCAGCCCACCAUCUUCCAGAACAAGAAGCGGGUCCUGCUGGGCGACGCCGGCAAGGAGAAGCUGCCCCGCUACUACAAGAACAUCGGCCUGGGCUUCAAGACCCCCAAGGAGGCCAUCGAGGGCACCUACAUCGACAAGAAGUGCCCCUUCACCGGCAACGUCUCCAUCCGGGGCCGCAUCCUCUCCGGGGUGGUCACCAAGAUGAAGAUGCAGCGCACCAUCGUCAUCCGCAGGGACUACCUGCACUACAUCCGCAAGUACAACCGCUUUGAGAAGCGGCACAAGAACAUGUCUGUGCACCUCUCUCCCUGCUUCAGGGAUGUGCAGAUUGGGGAUAUCGUGACAGUGGGAGAGUGCCGCCCCCUCAGCAAGACUGUCCGGUUCAACGUCCUCAAGGUGACGAAGGCUGCUGGCACCAAAAAACAGUUCCAGAAGUUUUAAAGGCUAUUUGUACUUUUCUUUGUAUCAAUAAACAAGCUGGUGUGAUUUGG